CGGUGGUGCUGAUAGGACCAAAUCGGCGCAGCGCUCACUCUUGCUUCUUGGAACUCCUCCGCGUCUCUACCUUGCUGAGUCGCCGGGGAAGCUGCGGCGGGUGAUGGAGAAAGGUGGUCGUGCUGUGAGAUGAGCCGCUCAUUUGCGUUGUGGGAGAAGCUGCGGUCCUUACAGUAAACAGAUGUUCUCCCACCCGGCCAUACAAAGCAGCGGUCUUUCCCGUCUCAAGACAUCCUGCAUGGGAAAAGAGACGGUGAUGGUAGUGGUGAGCGUGGGGGAGUGUGCCCAGGAAGGCGGGGGGAGAGGAAAGAAAGAAGGAGGUAGAGUGAGAGAAGAUGGGAAGGGAGGUAUGCCAGCCCCUUCACUGGUCCAUUACCCAGUUCACAAGUGCCCAGGUAAGGGGGACUACCCGCCAGGCUACGACAGUGACUCCGGGAACAGUGACCACAGCAGCAGCGGGCGUGGUAGCGGAGGCAGUGACCUGGGCAGUGAGCUGGACCACCGCGAUGGUUCCCGCCUGGAAGACAGCGGCAGGUACAGUGCUGACGGAGAGGAGGAGCCCCGCCACCACCACUCCCCACAACCUGCCUCUCACGCUCCCGCCCCGGCUCAGAGCAAAACAGAGGUCGACACCCAUCCAUCCGACAGACCACAUCAGCGCAGCGUGCCCGUGACUCAUCCACCUGUGGAUGCGCCCCUCUGCGGCCACUGCGCCCGCCGGAACCUCUCCUUCUUCGACCCAGAUUGCGGUGGCUGUGAUGGCCUCCUGCGGCGCCCUUCCAUCACGCCCGCCCACCUUUUCGCCAUCAUGAGGCAGUGGGUCCCACAGGUGCAGCAGAACAUCCACCACUUCGUGCGACAGGCUCUGGAGCUCGGGUGUCAUGUGGACGACCGCGACGCUCUCACAGACAUGACGCUGCUCCACUACGCUGUGAAGGCAGGCAGCAAUGGUGUGGGGGAUCAGGACACCGCCCUGCAGGUGGUGAAGGAGCUGCUGAGGGCCGGAGCCGACUUGCACCAGCGCUGUCGGUGGACCCACAUGACGGCUUUGCACUACGCCGCCUACUUCGACGUGGCACCUGUUUUGCAUUUACUGCUGCGUGAUCCCAUGGGCGUGUGUGUGAACGACGCCUGCCUGGAGUACUCCGGAGGCACACCGCUGCAUAUCGCCGCCGCCAAUCUGUGUUUAGCUGCCGUGAGGGUGUUGCUGCACCAUGGCGCCUUGCCCACCCUCACCGACACCCAGGGUCGCACACCCUUCCAGUGCAUCCCCACCCCUGAGCAGUACGAGCUGGUGCCUGACGUGCAGGAGGUCAUAAGUUGUCUUCGCAGCCUUCUCUCCCCAUCGGCUUCCCACGCCCACACGCACGCCUCUCACGCUUACCCCGCCCACAGCAACACAGGCCAGGGCUCCUCUGGCAAGGCGGUGCUGAAGGCCAUGGGGCUGAAGCUCGGUGACCGCGUGCUGGUGAGCGGCGUGAAGACUGGUGUGCUGAGGUUUGUGGGCACCACGGAAUUCUCGACGGGACUGUGGGCGGGAGUGGAGUUAGAGACGCCCACUGGACGUCAUAACGGCACUGUCAAGGGCGUCAUGUACUUCCGCUGUGCCAAGAACUACGGAAUCUUUGUGCCCAUGAACCGCCUGACGAAGAUCCCUCAUGUGGGCGGGGGACGACAGGGACGGUCCACUUCACAGGCCCACAGGCAACACUCCCGUACAGCCUCGCGCCGCUCCGCCUCGCUGCCACCGGGGCGAGUCAACCAUGGCGUGGACGUCUCCCAAGUGGCAUCUAAGGUGGCACAGGACAUCCGCGACACCACCCGCAAGAUCGUGCUGGGUGACCGAGUAUUCGUGGACAUGGGCCUGGGGAGCGGCUCAGCAAGGGUUGUCACCGGUACUGUCAAAUUCACUGGCGCAGUCCACUUCGCCUCUGGAUUCUGGGUAGGUGUUGAGCUGGACGUUCCCCGAGGCACCAAUGACGGCUCGGUCAACGGCACCAAGUACUUUGUGUGUAGACCACAUCACGGUAUCUUCGCGGCGCCCUCCAGAAUUAUCAAGACUACCAGUGACAGGACGUCGGGCUGCCCUUCAGAGUUCCUCCAGGACGCCCAGUCUUUCUUAAACCACAGCCGCCACUCCCUCUCUUCCCACCACAGCUCGGCCCACGCCCUCCACCUGGCCGCCAGCGGACCCCUCAGCCUGGGUUACUCUACGACUUUUGCAAGUCAUGACAUCCAGGGCCCCAGGAGUCUCGGGUGGGGCGGGUCUAUAGAGGCGACGUCAUCUAUAGCUAAUCUAGGCCCUGAAUGCCACGACUCAUGCUGCACCACUUGCUCUACCUCCCAACACCUGCUGGAAACGAGUGGUCCUGCGUCCCUCAAAGUUACACAGACGCUGAAGCCGGCCAUCUAUCCAGCCAACACCACCAUGACCAGCCUGAACAGGUCCUUCUCCGCCAGAUAUGUCACAUCACGUCAGCGUCAAGAGGAACUUGAGCGCAUGGCGGAAGAACGGCGUCGGCAACAAGUCUGGUGUGACCCACCUAUACUUCAGGCAACUCCAAGAGCCCAACGGAAGAAACGUGAAAACCAGCAUUGGCUUGAGGUGGGCCAUAACGUCUUCUACAAGAACAUCGUCGGCGUCAUAAAAUACAUCGGCAAGGUGGACUUUGAGGAGGGCGUGUGGCUGGGCGUGGAGCUGCGGGCGCCCAAAGGAAAACAUGACGGCACCGUAAAUGGCCGCCGGUACUUCAGUUGUCGCCCUCGUCACGGCAUCAUGGUGAGGCCCAACAAGGUGUAUGUGAGAGGCAUCAACGGCGCCAAGCUGGUGAAGCCCGAGGAGGAGGACGAGGAGCAGUGAUGGAGACGUGGACAAGCAGAGAAACUUGGAGGCGUAUCAUAAUAAAACUUACAGCUUAUGUGUGAGUCAGUAGGUUUACAUGGUAACAGGGUUCCUUCACUCUUGUAAUUUCACUGCAAGUAUUUCUUACAAUUUCUUUACUGAUUUAUUUUUUAAUUAUUAUUUAUUUUAUUUAUUUUUAUUUUAUUUUAUUCUAUUUACUUAUUUAUUUUAUUAUUAUAAUUUUUGUUUCAUAAGCUAAGUAGCUAGCCUCUCAGAAGCUGGUGAAGAAACAGUCAAUUUGACUCACUAUACAUGUCACUCACCUGCUUGGCAUCAUUGUACAUAGAGUUUUGGAAUUUUAAUCAAAAUAGUAUUCUUGCUUGAAAUCAGUUACUCUUGAUAAGAAAAAUAGUUAUUUAUGUACGUGUGUUAUUUAUUCAAGAGAUUCUUGUUGUCAAUGUGAUCAUUUAUUAUGAUGUGAACCAGCAUGGCAAACGCAACACAGCACAAGGUUUACGAAAUGCUUUAUAAAUAAUUUGGUCACUGCACUUUGGGACCCUUGCACAAAGGUAAAGGGCGUAGGAAAAUGCGUGAGAAAGAGGUGUAGGGCAGCACAGCUACCGGUCAAGGGGCACAAACGGUUUAUCUAGUCGUAGACUGGAUUUUGGUGUACAGUUGUUUCAGUUGUUUGUCCAUAGCUUCAUAUUAGCUUUUGUUCAAACAAUAAUGAUUGAGUGCACGAAGCCUCCGGAAGCACACACUGGCCGACUCUGCUGGUCCAGAGGCGCCGGGUGUGACAGGACCAGGAGGGACUGGGCGGGCUCAAGCUCUGCACCGAGUCUUAUUUCCAUAUCCUCGAAGUAAGUUUCAGGUAAACAAUGAGCAAAUUAUAUAUAUAUAUAUAUAU